UUCACUUCCUGUUUUCUUGAAAACUUCGUGUUCUUGUCGAAGUGCUGCGAUGUUCUUAGAUAAAACGCUGCUGUUUCCUCUCCUUGCGGCUAUUUCGCUUGCGUCUUCAGCCGAAGAAGCAUGUACUUCUCCUCUUGGCAUGGCAUCAAAAGUCAUCCGUGACAACCAAAUCACGGGAUCGUCCACCUACUGCGGGGGGACCGGCUGCUGGGGCCCAAAACUGGGGAGACUACACAACGACGACGCCUGGUACCCGCAGAACUACGGAAACCCCGGGCGAAAACAGUGGUUUCAGGUUGACUUACGGGAGAGGAGGCGGAUCACCGGCGUUCAAACCCAGGGUCAUCGCUACACGUACAGCUACUACGUCACGUCGUUCAAGGUCCAGUUUUCAGACGACGGAACAACGUGGAAGACUUUCGCCACGUCUCAUGAAGAUAUGGUGUGA